CAAAAAGAUCAAAUUUUUACUCUCACUCUCUUUUUACAGUUAUGUAUCUUUAAUCAGAUGGAUUCUAUUAUUGAUGAUGGGGUUGGUUCUUUACCAACAAGAUAUAACUCUGCAACCAUGUUAGUUUUCGAUGAAAAGUCUAAGAAACGAUCGUCUCAUCCGCUAUCUUCUUCAAGACAAUCGUUACUUGAAGGAUCUCAAUCUUCAUCCCAUUUGUUACCAGAACCGUCCUUGAAAUCGGUUAGCAAUUAUAAAAGUACUUAUGAUUACACCCCCAAAGAGAACGUGGUAGCGGAAAAGGUCAAACUGCAAACCGUGGGACAUGAUGAGGUCGUUAGUCAAACUGCAAAAGAUUAUUUUCAUAAGACUGUUGGUGAAGAGAUCGGUAUGAUAGGAAAUGCUGUUCCUGGUCCUGGUUCUGUUCCUAGUCAUGUUGAGUUUCACUCGAGCCCACAAAACAGUGUAUACUCAAAUUCACAUUUUACAGAAGCCAAACAAAGUUUCACCAGUACUGAAGUCAGUGAAAUUGGAAGUAUAGUUGAGAAGACGGCUGAAAUUGGUGAAGUUAGUGAAUCAUGUGACUAUAUCGAAAGCAACAAAACAAGUAGUAUGUAUAGGGGAAGCACCGGGAGCGAUCUUAGUGAUGACAGUAGCUCGAGUAGUUACAACAGUGCUAUUUACAAACCCCACCAACAAAACGACACAAGAUGGGAAGCAAUUCAGGUUGUGAAAUCAGAAAAUGAAUCGGGUUUGCUAGAAAUGAAACAUUUUAGACAGAUAAAGAGAUUGGGAGGGGGUGAUAUUGGAAGCGUUUAUCUUUCUGAGUUGAUUGGUACACGAAACUACUUUGCCAUGAAAGUGAUGGAUAAAGCAAGUUUAGCGAGCAGGAACAAGCUCUUGAGGGCACAAACAGAAAAGGAAAUCCUGCAGUCUUUAGAUCACCCUUUUUUGCCCACUUUGUAUGCCCAUUUUGACACAGAGAAGUUGUCUUGUUUGGUGAUGGAGUAUUGUCCAGGUGGAGAUUUGCAUGCUGUCCGCCAAAAACAACCCGGGAGGUUUUUUCCGGAGCACGCAGCCAGGUUUUAUGUAGCAGAAGUUCUCCUUGCUUUAGAAUAUCUGCAUAUGCUUGGGAUCAUCUAUAGAGACCUUAAACCGGAGAAUGUCUUAGUGAGGGAAGAUGGUCACAUAAUGCUAUCAGAUUUUGACCUCUCUUUAAGAUGUGUUGUGAAACCAAGACUGGUUAGAUCUGUGAACACUACCAUGGAACCAAAAAACUCUGCUUCACGUAUUCAGCCCUCAUGUAUCGAACCAUCUUGUAUGUUCCAGCCAUCCUGUUUGCAACCCAUGUGUUUUAGUCCCCGGUCCAUGAACAAGCAAAAAAAAGAAAAGAGAUCUAAAAUUAAAAUGGAGAUAUACAAUCAAAUGAUCCCACUGCCUGAGCUUAUUGCAGAGCCGACAAAUGCACGGUCAAUGUCGUUUGUGGGGACCCACGAGUACUUGGCACCGGAAAUCAUCAAGGGUGAAGGCCACGGCAGUGCUGUUGAUUGGUGGACUUUCGGGAUAUUCCUUUACGAACUGUUGUUUGGAAAAACACCGUUUAAAGGGGCAAAUAACCGGGCAACAUUGUUCAAUGUGGUUGGACAUCCACUGAGGUUUCCAGAAACACCCUCGGUUAGUUUUGCAGCAAGGGAUUUGAUCAGGGGUUUGCUGGUAAAAGAACCACAACAUCGGCUUGCUUAUAGGAGAGGGGCGACAGAGAUUAAACAGCACCCGUUCUUUCAGAGUGUGAAUUGGGCGUUGAUCCGGUGUGCAACUCCACCUGACGUGCCAGUAGUGUCAUCAGAGAAUGUAGAUGUGAAUCCUGCUGGUAACAACUACUUAGAUAUUGAUUUGUUUUAGAUUAGAAAUUUGUAAAGAAUCUAAUGAUGAAAAUGCAUCUUGUAUGUAUGUACGUGGUUUUGGUAAAGUCUAUGUUUUGCCAGGAAAAAAAUUGAGUCCUUAGUCA